GGGCAGAGCGAUCUCCGCGCCAGUGCGGGGCCCCCGGGCCCUUCCCAGGCUUCCCCUCCGCAGGUGGGGAGCAGCCGAUCCUCUUCUGUGGACCCAGGAUGUGGUUGCUGGACUCCCCUGCCAGGACAGAUUUGCUGAUCCUAUCACUCUUGUGCUUCGUUCCUCACUCUGGCACCCGAGACGUCAAUCAGUUGACUUUCCGGUUCUGCUUCUUUUAUUUCCAGCCCUUCGCAGCCUAUAUAACCAUCUCCUCGGGCUGCGCGCCUACCGCUGUUCCCUCGCCAUCCCAGCACUCAACCGGAGCAGGUACAAUAUUCAGACUGGCCCCCUUGAGCUGAGCUGCAGGGAUGCCGUGUUCUGCAAGCAUGGGAGCAAGAUGUAUCCACUUUGGGUAAACCCUCUCUGCCCCGCCAGCCGAGCACCCUGUCCCAUCCGCCUCCCUGAGAACAGCGGAGGCUCUUCUGGCCUGGAAAGCCUGCUGGGUCUAGGCCAAGCCCGGCACGGAGAUGGAGAACCACACCGUGGCUGCAGCGACGAACUCCUGCACCUUCCAUGAGGAGUUCAAGCAGAUCCUGCUGCCCCUGGUCUACUCCGUGGUGUUUGUGGUGGGGCUCCCUCUGAACUUCAUCGUCAUCGUUCAGAUCUGGCUCUCCAGGAAAGUGCUGACCCGCACUGCCAUCUACAUGCUGAACCUGGCCACGGCCGACCUGCUGUACGUGUGCUCCCUGCCGCUGCUCAUCUACAACUACACGCAGAAGGACUACUGGCCCUUCGGGGACUUCACCUGCAAGUUCGUCCGCUUCCAGUUCUACAGCAACCUGCAUGGCAGCAUCCUGUUCCUCACCUGCAUCAGCGUCCAGCGCUACCUGGGCAUCUGCCACCCUCUGUCGUCCUGGCACAAGAAGAGGGGCAAGAGGUUCACCUGGAUGGUGUGUGGCGGGGUGUGGGUCAUCGUCAUCGCCCAGUGCCUGCCCACCUUCGUCUUCGCCUCCACGGGCAUCCAGAGGAACAGGACCGUGUGCUACGACCUCAGUCCCCCGGACCGUUCCGCCAGCUACUUCCCCUACGGCAUGACGCUGACGGUCACGGGGUUCCUCAUCCCCUUUGUCUUGAUCCUGGUGUGCUACUGCAACAUGACCAAGCUGCUCUGCCAGAAGGAUGAGAUGAUAGGCCUGGCCGUGCGCAAAAAGAAGGACAAGGCCAUCCGCAUGAUCAUCAUUGUGGUCAUCGUCUUCGCCAUCAGCUUCUUCCCCUUCCACCUGACCAAGACCAUCUACCUGAUCAUCCGCUCCUCGGCGGGCGUGCCCUGCCUGGUCUUGCAAACCUUCGCCAUCGCCUACAAGUGCACCAGGCCCUUUGCCAGCAUGAACAGCGUCCUGGACCCUAUCCUCUUCUACUUCACCCAGCGCAAGUUCCGGGAGAGCACGCGCCACCUGCUGGACAAAGUGAGCUCCAAAUGGAGGCACGACGCAUGCCGCACCUACAAAUCGUAGGCUCCGGGGAAAGGAGAAUGAGGGGGGAUGUUCUGCUGCGCGGAGGCAGAAGACUGAAUGGCUGUGGCUUUAUCGCAGCCAGCCCUGUUUUACCCAGCAACAGGGAGAGAAAGAGCAGGAGGCAAGGGCUGAUGGUCCUGAGCAUAGCACUGGGAGCCAGGAGCUUCUUAGUUCUACUCCCAGUUCUGGCCAUGGGUGGGUCACUUGGCCUCUCUGUGCCUCAGUUUCCCCAUCUGCAGAAUGGAGAACAAUACUCUGUAAAUAAUAGGUAAAAUGAUGCUGACCUGCCUCACACCUUGGUCAGGGCCCGGAAAGUGCUCUGAGGAUGGACCAGGCUAAGAACAGUUUAUCCUUAAAAUUCCAGCAAACGGCCUGAGCUGGCAAAGGUUACAGUACAGUUGGAAAGAGGGAAGUGAAAAUAAUUGGGCGCAGGCUUUGGGGCUGGGCUAGGUGGUGUCCGAACGCAGUAUUAGUGCGGUUACUGUGGUGCACCGCAGCUGUUACCUCUGAGGAGGAGCGGGACUUUUUGCGGAUCGGCUGCUCAAUAUUAACCGCUGCUCUCUCUAUGGAUUUCAGCAGAACUGCUGAGGAACUGGCGGUCCUUGCCACAGAUCUGACUGGCAAAGCCCUAGCAACCACGCGUGGGGCUUUGCAAUGAACUGUGCUACUGACACUGAUUACAGUGGGCCACAGUCCACGCCAGUGGAGUUGCAGCACAGAUGAGUUGGUCCCAACGCGUUUCAUUGAGAAUGAAGUUUCCAGUGGAUUUGGGGAAUCAGUAAUUAGCAAGUAGUUCAGUGCUUCCUCUGGUUUACGACUACCUAGUUUUUGUGGACAAAAAUCUCUCCCCACAUCCGUCCCCUAUAGGGGAGAUCACCUCUGAGAACCAGCAGUUCGGGAAUGGGGGAAAUCAGCUGCUGCUUGCCAGUGCAUGAAUUACUGGGAUCUGGCCAACUUAUCCACCAGACAGUGUUUUUUCACUGUUUUGCCACAGUAAUUCAGCUGAGUUUCCCAAGCAGAAAGCUGCUUUACUAAUGCAAGGAAAACCUACACUGGGAAUUUAGAGAAGACGGUAGGUCUCUUGGGACCACAUGAGUCUACAAAAGUAUUGAUCCAUAUGGGAGGGCAGGAAAAGCAAAAUCUAGCGAGUACAUAUACAGUAUUAUUGGCUGUUAACAAUGAGAA